AUGCCACGGCCUCCGAAACCCCCCAUGACCCUCAAGGAGGCAAAGAAGGCCUACAAAAAAGAAGGCAUAGGCAUUCAAUACACUGCGUCACAGAUGGAGAGGGCAGACCGCUUCGACGAGCGUGAGGAGAAGAGGAGGAAGGAACUGGAUAGAGAAAGACAAAGAGUGGACAACAAACGGAAGAGAGAUCAGAAAGAAGCGAGAGAACGGGCCGCGAGACAAAAGAUGCUUGAGGAAGGCCGGAUUACCGUUGAGGAUACUUGGGGAAAGGUCACAGCCAGUCAGCCUAGGUUGAACAAGUUCUUCGGACAAACGGCGAUAGCACCAAGUAAGAGGAACUCACAAGAGGUGAUUGUCGAGAACAAGGAAACGAGUAGGACUCUUCAAGGGGCUGGUGAACAUGCGCAAGACAAGACCGAGACAUGUGAGCAUAGCGUUCAGGGUCCAACUGCGCCGGAAAAGGAUUACCUCGACCCCAAGUCUAUUGUCGCAACCUCAGGGCCCUGCGGGACAACACCCUUCAAAAGUGUUCGAGGUUCACAACAAAGCAGGCACCACGGACAACAGCGAGAUGUCCACGAUGUACACUGUGUGCCCUCGGCGCUCACCGAGUUGGAACCUGCGCAAUUGAACAUACCAUCUGCAGGUUCACGAAAGCUUGUAUACGACAAACAUCCUUGGAAAGGCCGCCACAACCCCACGCCACUCGCAACACGAGCAAUACCAGAACCCGAAAACAAUGGGCCUGAACUUCGGAGCCCUGUUCCAAACACAAUGCAUAUGAAAGACGGUAGUUCGACCUACAGCCGCGCUGCAUCAAAACAUAGUACAAAUGACCACUCCAUUGCAGCCGCCGCGGUCUUGGAGUACCAGGGGCUGAUUGAACUCGACAGUCGGACGACGAGUGAGUUUGAUCUGGAAGAGGAUUUCACCGAUGGGAUUGAUGAUGAAACUUUGUUGGAGCUCUGUGUCGACCAAGCUCGGAAAGGUGUCACUCCGAAGGAUCCGGCAUCAACCAAUUUGGACUCGCCGUCUUCAACCGUCAGAUUGAGUUCUCCAGGUUCUGGCCCGGAAGAGGACCGUCCUGGUAAAGAGACAAAAGAAGUGCAACAGAUACUGCCAAAGUCUAACGGUCCUUCCGACAGUUUCACGUCUUGCUUCAACGAGAUCGACGAGGACGAUCUGAUUGCUCUUGCAGAGGAAGUCGAAGCUGAGAUCUCGACGCCUUCAGCGAACGCCAAAAAUCCCGAGAAGCAAACAUAUCGAGAAGCUCAACGUCGACCGGAUCUUGCCGAACCUGCACCUGCGCCUGCACCUACACCUCUGUCACAAACUCGGCCCAUCAACACCAACCCUUCUUUAUCCACCUUGGGCCUGAGUACCAGGACCGAGGAUACUUCACGACGUAAACCCAACCCUUGUUCUUCUAGACGAGAACCACAGAAAUUCAAUACUUCCAUGGCCCCUCCUCCACCUUCCGUAGGUCGACAUGCAAAGGAGACGAACGACAGCGCCAUCUCUUCGGUUUCACAUCAUCGGCCACAUUCCGUACCUCGAGCUCGCCUGUCUCAACAACAACGAAAGGAGAGGGUACUGCCUUGGAACCAACCUUCAAAACAGCAUUACUACCACAACACGAAUCCAGCUCAUAAUGACGAUACAAACAACAAUAACGACGACGACUUUGACGUACUGGGACCAUCGACUCAGGCAUUGAUGGUAGCAUUGGCCGAACAGGCAGAAGCACAAAUCAGUUCUUCUCGCGGGGUGAAGAGUAGUGCAAGGGGUUAACUCAUCAACCCGUCCACGAACAUGGACGCACCUGACACACAAACGCACACGACACAGACAUGAUCACUCGCCCCCAACGGCCUUGAUGAAUAUCACGAAACAAAAAAAAAAGAAAGAAAAAAUCUAGCAAACGAAGAUGAUGACUUGAAGAAAAUUCAUUUCUGCACAGGCAAAACACGUGAAGCAAGGGGGGCACGGUUAAAGAUUGAAAGUUCCAUUGUGACCUUUUGUAUGUUUGUAUACAGCCAGCAUAUUUGAAACCUAGGGGGUUUUGUUGCAUAGCGCGGUGGUAUGGUGAGCCAUUGGACACCGAACAGGAAAAAGACACAGUAGACAGCAUGGCCACACAGUACAGCAAUGAAAAAUGGUAGCACUCAGCUUUCGCACUGGGGGGGCAUUAACGACAAUUGCAUGUGAUAAACUUGGUUGGGAAAGGGGAAUACGAUA